AUGUUACAGGCUGUGUGGGCCGGCUGGGGCCAUGCCUCCGAGAACCCGAAGCUGCCGGAACUCCUGCACAACAACAACAUCUCCUUCAUCGGUCCGGGCGAGUCGGCCAUGUGGGCGCUCGGGGACAAGAUCGCUUCCACCAUCAUCGCACAGAGCGCAAACGUGCCUACUAUGGCCUGGAGUGGCAGUGGGUUGAAGAUCGAGUGGAGUGAGGAGGCCCUGAAAGCCGGCAAGUCCAUCGAGGUUCCGCAGCAACUCUUCAAACAGGCAGGUGUGGAAACUGCCGAGGAAGGCAUCCAGAGUGCCACAGCGAUCGGGUACCCGGUGAUGAUCAAGGCUUCGGAGGGCGGCGGCGGCAAGGGCAUCCGCAAGGUUGAGACGGAGGACGACUUCCCGGCCGCGUUCCGACAGGUGCAGAACGAGGUGCCGGGGUCACCCAUCUUCAUCAUGAAACUGGCGAAAAGCAACAAGGUCAUCAGCGAGGUUCUGAUAGCGAAUAACGGCAUUGCGGCGGUGAAGUGCAUGCGCUCCAUCCGGCGCUGGGCCUACGAGAUGUUCCGCAACGAGCGCGCCAUUCGCUUUGUUGCCAUGGUAACUCCUGAGGAUCUGAAGGCCAACGCAGAGUACAUAAAGAUGGCAGACCAGUACGUCCCCGUUCCGGGCGGACCCAACAACAACAACUACGCCAACGUCGACCUCAUCCUCGACAUCGCCAAGAGGAUACCCGUGCAGGCUGUGUGGGCCGGCUGGGGCCAUGCCUCCGAGAACCCGAAGCUGCCGGAACUCCUGCACAACAACAACAUCAGCUUCAUCGGGCCGGGGGAGUCGGCCAUGUGGGCGCUCGGGGACAAGAUCGCCUCCACCAUCAUCGCACAGAGCGCAAACGUGCCCACCAUGGCCUGGAGUGGCAGUGGGUUGAAGAUCGAGUGGAGUGAGGAGGCUCUGAAAGCUGGCAAGUCCAUCAAGGUUCCCCAGCAACUCUUCAAACAGGCAUGUGUGGAAACUGCCGAGGAAGGAAUCCAGAGUGCCACAGCGAUCGGGUACCCGGUGAUGAUCAAGGCUUCGGAGGGCGGCGGCGGCAAGGGCAUUCGCAAGGUCGAGACGGAGGACGAUUUCCCGGCCGCGUUCCGACAGGUGCAGAACGAGGUGCCGGGGUCGCCCAUAUUCAUCAUGAAGCUCGCGAAAAGUGCCCGUCACCUGGAGGUGCAGCUAUUGGCUGAUCAGUACGGGAACGCCAUCUCCAUAUUUGGGCGUGACUGUUCUAUCCAGCGAAGACACCAGAAAAUCAUCGAAGAAGCACCGACUACUGUGGCUCCUCCUGAUAUCUGGGACCGCAUGGAGAAGGCUGCAGUAGUCCUUGCUAAGAUGGUGGGCUAUGUCAGCACAGGUACCGUGGAGUACCUCUACAGCGAUGACGGAUCUUUCUACUUCCUCGAGCUCAACCCAAGACUGCAGGUUGAGCAUCCGUGCACAGAGAUGGUGGCAGACGUCAACCUUCCAGCUGCUCAGCUACAGGUUGCAAUGGGCGUGCCCCUGUACAGGAUAAAGGACAUCAGGCUGCUGUAUGGAGAGGACCCCUGGGGGGACUCUACCAUUGACUUCGACAGCCCAGUGCACAAGCCAGUGCCGAGAGGUCAUGUGAUUGCAGCCAGGGUCACCAGCGAAAACCCAGAUGAGGGUUUGAAGCCCAGCUCUGGGACAGUGCAGGAGCUGAAUUUCCGCAGCAGUAAGAACGUGUGGGGUUACUUCAGCGUGUCGGCCAGCGGAGGGUUACACGAGUUCGCGGACUCACAGUUUGGACACUGCUUCGCCUGGGGAGAGGACAGGGAUGAUGCUGUCUCGAACAUGGUGAUUGCGCUGAAGGAACUGUCCAUUCGGGGAGAUUUCCGCACAACUGUGGAGUACCUCAUCAAGCUCCUAGAGACCGACACCUUCCAGAACAACGCCAUCAGCACUGGCUGGCUGGACAGGCUCAUCGCUGAGAAAGUACAGGCAGAGCGCCCUGACACCAUGUUAGGUGUGAUCUGCGGAGCGAUGCAUGUAGCCGACCACCAGAUAAAGAGCGCCGUGGAUCACUAUCGGAUGUCGCUGGAGCGCGGACAGGUGUUGCCCCCGACAACGCUCACCAACACCGUCGAGGUCGAACUCAUCUUCGAGGGCUUCAAGUACUGCCUGGAGGUGACGCGGCAGUCCCCGAGCUCCUACUUCCUAGUGAUGAACAAAUCCACCAUUGAAGUGGACGUCCACAGGUUGAGUGAUGGUGGUCUCCUCCUGUCAUUCGACGGCAACAGCUACACGACCUACAUGAAGGAGGAGGUGGAUCGUUAUCGCGUCGUCAUUGGCAACAAGACCAUCGUGUUCGAGAAGGAGAACGACCCGUCUGUUCUCAGGUCCCCUUCAGCGGGAAAGCUGCUGCACUACAGUGUGGAGGACGGAGGUCAUGUGUUCAGCGGCCAGGCGUACGCAGAGAUAGAGGUCAUGAAGAUGGUCAUGGCCCUCACUGUCACAGAGAGCGGAUGCGUCCAUUUUGUAAAGCGAGCCGGAGCCAUCCUGAGUCCAGGCAGCGUUGUAGCUAACCUGGCCUUAGACGACCCCAGCAGGGUUCAGCAGGCCCAGGUCUACACCACAGGCUUCCCCACUCACCACUCGGUCGACCUGAAGGGAGAGAAAAUCAACCUCAUUUUCCAGGAUGCUCGGCAGAAGCUGGAGAAUGUAAUGCGAGGCUACUGCCUCCCAAACCCUUACUUCAGACAGAAGACCCAUGAGGCAGUGGAAACCCUGAUGCGUUGCCUGAGAGACCCCACGCUGCCACUACUGGAACUGCAGGAGGUUAUAUCCACCACCUCCGGCCGCAUCCCUGCACAGGUGGAGCGUUUAAUAAGGAAACACCUGGCCACCUACGCAUCCAACAUCACCUCCGUACUCUGCCAGUUCCCCAGUCAGCAGAUAGCGACAGUGAUUGACAGCCAUGCAGCCACCCUUCAGAAGCGGGCGGAGAGAGACAACUUCUUCCUGAACACGCAGACCAUCGUUCAGCUCGUGCAGCGAUACCGCAGCGGGAUCCGCGGGCACACGAAAACUGUUGUACAGGAUAUACUCAGGAUGUACCUCAGGACCGAGGCACAGUUCCAGCACGGCUCCUAUGACAAGUGUGUGGCUCUACUGAGGGAGAAGAACAAAGAUAACAUGGAGGAGGUUCUGGCCAGUAUCUUGACUCACUCUCAGGUUGGUAAGAUGAACCAGUUGGUGAUCAUGCUGAUUGACCACCUGUGCGAGCGAGAGCCGGGUUUGACCGAUGACCUCACCAGCAUCCUCAGCGAACUCACGACCUUGAACAAGACGGAAAACUCCAAGGUCGCCCUGCGAGCCAGACAGGUGUUGAUCGCAGCGCACCAGCCGUCCUACGAGCUUCGGCACAACCAGGUGGAGUCCAUUUUCCUGUCAGCCAUCGACAUGUACGGCCACCAGUUCUGCCCUGAGAACUUACAGAAACUGAUCAUGUCAGAGACGUCUAUAUUUGACGUUCUGCCGAGUUUUUUCUACCACACGAACCGCGUGGUGCGAAUGGCAGCUCUGGAGGUGUACGUGCGUCGGGCCUACAUCGCGUACGAAGUCAUGAGCCUGCAGCAUCAGCAGCUGUCAGACGAAACCUGCGCAGUCGAGUUCCAGUUCAUGCUGCCGGCUUCACACCCUAACAGAUGCCUUGCUCGUGCUUUGCUUCUGGAGAACCAUCUCCAUGGUGAUCUCCAUGGCGAUGCCCCGCCCGACGAUGCCCCGCCCGACAACACUGACCUUGACCUCCAUGUCAGACCUAGACAUCCGGCGCGUAAAAAGUACCCCCUGCUGAAGGUCAGCUCACUCAGCGAGGAUGCAGACGUGCCCGACAUGAGCAUUAGAGCCCCCCGGAAGGCCCUUGAUGACGGCACGCUGCCCCGAGUCGCGAGUUUGGGGGAGAACAUGAAUGACCUUGACCUUCCUCCGUGCCAGCGGAUGGGUGCCAUGGUCGCCUUUGACAGUUUCUCAGCUUUCACCAACCUGUUCCAGGAAGUGAUGUCGAUGUUCCGUGCAAGCCCCCCUCCCUCCCCCAGCUUCGACCGGAACAGCGCAGGGUUCCUGGACACAAAGGGAACCUCCGGCAUCUACGGCAGCAGCGACUCUCUCAGCAGCCUUAACGAACAGCAGGGACGUCCUAAGGCAUCAAGGUCACCUUCACUGGCUUCUCUUGGGACGGCAGGCACAGAUGAGCCGAUCCACAUUGUGAACGUCGCGAUCCGAUUGGCCCAGCACAUGGACAGCAACGACCUUUCUGACAUGUUCAAGGACUUCGCUCAGUCUAACCGUUCGGUGCUGUUUGACCGUGGGAUUCGGCGUGUGACUUUCGUCGUCCUUCAGGAGAGAGACUUCCCAAAGUUCUUCACCUUCCGAGCGCGAGACUUGUUUGAAGAAGACCGAAUCUAUCGGCACCUGGAACCGGCGCUCGCCUUCCAGCUCGAGCUCAACCGCAUGAGGACCUUUGACCUCACGGCGCUCCGAACAUCCAACCGCAAGAUGCACCUGUACCUGGGGGCAGCCAAGGUCGCUGAAGGUCAGGCAGUGACAGAUUUCCGCUUCUUCAUCCGAGCGAUCAUCCGACACUCUGACCUUGUCACCAAGGAAGCGUCCUACGAGUACCUGCAGAAUGAAGGGGAGAGGCUUCUGCUGGAAGCUAUGGAUGAACUGGAGGUUGCUUUUCAACAGCACGUGGACAAGAGGACUGACUGUAACCACAUCUUCCUCAACUUUGUACCAACCGUCAUCAUGGACCCAACUAAGAUCGAGGAGAACGUGCGUUCCAUGGUGAUGCGAUACGGCCACCGUCUGUGGAAGGUUCGGGUGACGCAAGCGGAGAUAAAGAUCAACAUCCGGCUGAACCACACCAGCCCCCCGGUCCCCAUCAGACUGUUCCUCAACAACGAGUCCGGUUACUACCUGGAUAUCAGCCUGUAUAAGGAGGUGGUCAACCCCAGGACUGGCCAGAUCAUGUUCCAAGGCUAUGGCGGAAAGCGCGGCCCCCUGAACGGGAUGUUACUGAACACACCCUACAUGACGAAGGACCAUCUGCAGGCAAAACGGUUCCAGGCUCAAUCCCUGGGCACAACCUACAUCUACGACUUCCCGGAGAUGUUCAGACAGGCUCUGCUGAAACUGUGGAAGCAGUAUGUGAGUCGGAGGGAGGGAGUCCAGGCGCCCGCUGACAACGAACUGCUGACCUGUACAGAGCUGGUUCUGGACAGCCAGUCGCAGCUGGUCGAAAUGAACCGGCAGCAGGGAGAAAACGACAUCGGGAUGGUCGCCUGGAAGAUGUUCCUCCGCACGCCCGAGUACCCCGAGGGUCGCGAGGUCAUCGUCAUCGGCAACGACAUCACCCACCUGAUUGGCUCGUUUGGGACUCAGGAGGAUGAACUUUUCAAGAGAGCCUCUGAGCUGUCUCGCUCCCUGGGCGUGCCCAGACUGUACAUCUCAGCGAACAGCGGAGCGAGAAUCGGUCUGGCCGAGGAGAUCAAACAUCUGUUCAAGAUCCGAUGGGAGGAUCCAGGAGAUCCAGACAAGGGCUUCCGAUAUCUGUACCUCACACCCGCAGACUACAAAAAGGUGAGUGGGCUGAACUCGGUCCAUGCGGAACAUGUGGAGGAUGACGGGGAGUCGCGUUACAAGAUCACGGCCAUCAUCGGUAAGGAUGAUGGGCUGGGAGUGGAGAACCUGCGAGGGUCGGGGAUGAUCGCAGGCGAAACUUCGCUCGCGUACGAGGAAGUCGUCACCAUCAGCCUGGUAUCCUGCCGGGCCAUCGGGAUCGGUUCGUACCUGGUGCGUCUGGGCCAGCGAGUUGUGCAGGUGGAAAAUUCCCACAUCAUCCUUACGGGAGCGCAGGCCCUGAACAAGGUGCUGGGGAGAGAUGUGUACACUUCCAACAACCAGCUGGGGGGCAUCCAGAUCAUGUACAACAACGAUGCUGGAGACCUGGAGGAGGGCUUCCGGCAGAAGCAUGAUGUAGUGGUGGGAUUUUCCUACUCCGCGCAGGGGUGCUUGGACUUCACAUUCUGA